AUGGGUCCAUUAAGCGCGCUCGCUCUCGCUCUGUCAGCCAUCCCGGCCGUACUAGGCCUUGCUCACAAUGACGGCACAGGUCGACUCCCGGCUAUGGGAUGGAACAGCUGGAAUGCGUAUCAUUGCGAUGUGAAUGAAACCAAGAUGUUGCAGGCAGCCAACGACAUCGCCAACAAAGGCUUUCAGAACGCCGGUUACAAUUACGUUGUGCUUGAUGACUGUUGGUCAAUGAAGAAUGGCCGAGACAAUGUCACCAACCGAAUUCGACCAGAUCUGUCAAAGUUCCCGGAUGGUAUCAACGGGCUUGUAGACAAGAUUCACGCGUUGGGUUUGAAGGCUGGAAUCUACUCUAGCGCAGGCUAUACUACCUGUGGUGGGUAUCCGGCAAGUCUUGAUUAUGAAAUGAUCGAUGCGACUACGUUUGCCGAAUGGGGCAUCGACUACCUCAAAUAUGACAACUGCGGGGUUCCCGAGUUUUAUGACGAUACGUGCUAUUCUUGCAACGCUGAUCCCACUUUCGCCACGAACUUGGUGAAUGGGACUUGCACCAACGACACCGAACAGAAUGGUGCUGCCACAAUGAUGCCGAUCUGCGACUCUGCGUGGCCCACAGACGGGCGAAAUUACAGCCAGUCCUACACUGCACUACGUUAUCGUGUCAUGGGCAACGCGCUUUUGAGCCAGAAUCGGUCGAUACUAUUCAGCUUGUGCGACUGGGGUACUGAUGAGCCUUGGACAUGGGCAAAUGAGACCGGCAACUCAUGGAGAAUGUCCAACGAUAUCCAGCCAACCUGGGGAGAUGUUACUCGCAUCCUCAACAUGAAUUCUUUCCUUGGCGAUUACACCGAUUUCACGGGGCAUAACGACCCGGACAUGCUCGAGGUCGGCAACGGCGAUCUGACAGUCGAGGAAACUCGAACUCACUUUGCCCUAUGGGCACUGAUGAAAGCACCGCUCUUGAUAGGAACUGAUAUCACCCAACUCAGCCAGGCCAACAUCGAUAUCCUGCAGAAUAAGCAUUUGAUCGCGUUCAAUCAAGAUCCGAUUUACGGGAAGCCAGCGACUCCGUAUAAAUGGGGCGUCAACCCCAACUGGACCUAUAAUUCCACCAAUCCGGCUGAAUUCUGGUCCGGGCAAUCGUCUAAAGGUAUUAUGGUGGCCAUGUUCAACUCACUCAAUACGACGCGAACUAUGACGGCCGACUUUUCCGAGAUUCCAGGUUUGACGGAGAACUCAUACCGCGUCAUCGACGCGUGGACAGGGAGGAACAUGGGCUGCAAAAAGGGCAGUAUUAAGACUACGCUGAACGCCCACGAUACCGCGGUUCUGCUCUUGAAGAACACGUGCGCUGGUGUGUCGGAUGUGGCUGAAGAAUAA